GUUCAACACAUCAGCAACACGCAGAAGAGGCAGCCAGUUCACUACACUUUUCAUUCGAUCUCCAGUGCGGUAGCAACGCAGUUCGUGUGUUUCGUGAAAAAGUCGAAUAUUUUGUGAAAUUUGUGCACAUUUGUGUGGAAUAGUUCGUUGCCGACGUUAAUUAAAAACAACCCAAGUCAGAAUGGAUCAAAUCGCCAAGAUCUACGAGCCGGGCCGUUCCUUUGCCAAGGACUCGAUCCGAUUGAUCAAGCGCUGUACCAAGCCGGACCGUCGCGAGUUCCAGAAGAUUGCCAUCGCCACGGCCAUCGGGUUCUGCAUCAUGGGAUUUAUCGGUUUCUUCGUCAAACUGAUACACAUCCCGAUCAACAACAUCAUCGUCGGAUCGUAAGCGGCAAUCCCCUGGACGGGAGAGGUUCGUUCUAACAUUGUGUGACUGAGAAGCAGAAGUUGUUAUUUACUAGCAAGCAAACGAAAGUUUUCAAUCUUCAACGCAAAAUCGUCGUCAUUUCAUGUCCAGUAAUCAGCCACUAACCUUCCCCCUUCGAUGAACUGUUUUUUUAUUACAUUGUAAGGAAUCCCACACACUCUUAAGCUUAGAAUGGAAUCGUGUUUGAUAUAUAGUGUGAUGUUUGCGCAGCACGUGCAAACGAGAUGAGUUGAGAAUCAUUUAAGUAAACAAAUUGAUUUAUCUUAUAUCGAGGAAAUGAUAAUAUAACUUAUUGUUUCAUUGUA